AUGCCCUAUCGAUCCAUGCGUUCCAACGGUAACCCCCAUCACCAAAAUCACCAGUGUCAGGACUCUCGUCGCCAACACCAUCGAGAUGAUCGAGAUGAACAACCGCGGCGCAACAGCACCAGGAACGAUCGGUCCGCUCAACAAAACCCGAAGAAACGCAAGGGAGGCCCGGCAUCUAUUGUAGAACUCCUUCAUCAUCACAAGUCUGCAAAAACGAAAGGAUUAGUUGUCAAAAAACUAGGAAACCGGUUAGACGAUUACAAGGACACUGCCAGAUGGAUCGCUAGCAGUUUUGACCCCAACCUUGGCUGGAUUCAAAUCCUUUACACUGGCAUCAUCGAGUCAUUUGAGCUUGGCAACGACUCGGAGCUUUCAAUGGGACUACCUACAGAUGAUAGUGUUAAGGCCGAUUGUCUUGAAGCAUUCAAUAUCUUGAAGAAGAAGAUAGGAGAAGAUAUUUUGCUACGUGAUAUGGACAGGCUGCUUGAGGAUGGAAUGGUUGAUGAGUUGGCUAAGCUGCUUGAUCGCAGUUCCAGUGACGAAAGAACCCAGGAUACGCGAGACCUGAAAGAGAAUGCCUUACACUACCUUCAACUAGCCCUCGGCAUCGAUUCCUUCAACCCGCCUAUCAAUCCACAUGCCACGAAGUCUCUAACAAGAGGCCUCAAUCAUCCGCAGAUUGCCCGUGUGGUGAUUCCUGCCGCUAUGGUCGCCGAGUUCGAUGCAGACCAAAAACAGUUCCUGGAGAAGGUAGAAAACGGCGAAAUACAAUAUAACGAAGAUGAUUUCGGCCUCUGCAUGUAUCAAGACGGAAUUUUCGACCCCACGGAUAUCGAGAGUGGCCUUUUCCAAUCUUUGUUUCUAGUACUAUGCUGGAAAUGUAUUUUCCUCGGAAAGCAGGCAGCAGCAAACCACGGAAAGAAGAAUAUGAAAGGUAAAGGGGGUACGGCUGCUAAGCACGACUUGGGCAGAGUCACUAAGCGUACCAUCGCGUACGCUGUUGUUCAGGCUCUUCACGCUAUCGGCUCUAGCAAUGAUUGGCGUGUUGACGAUCAAGGCAUACCAAAAACAGACGUAUGGGACUCAGUCCUCGAUACGUUUAAUGGUGAUCCGGAGUUUGAGGAACAAUGCUUAAAGUGGUGGAACACGGUUGGGAUAUCUGGUAUUUCCCUCAACAGCAAGCAGAACAAGACAGAACGAAUCAAGAAGUCCAGGAUUCACCCCAACUCGAUGAGAGAGAAAAUGGAACUUCAGUGGCAGCAGAAGCGAUUGGAGAGAGAAGCUGCAGCCACUGACCCUGCAGCCACUGCUACCCGUGUCAACGUUCCGUCUAGUUGUACUGUUCACCCUACGCCAUCUAACGACACGGACCCUUCCCAAGCGGCCAACAUCGAGUAUCCAGAGGAACGCCAUAUCUAUGAGACGCAAAUAGUUGCCGCUGGGACUCAGUUCAGGAAGACCGAGGUUUCUCGUGCUGACGCCGCUACUGAUCAAGAAGGUUCUACAACUGAGCCAGACAGCGACGAGGAUCCCGUUAUUCAGAAGAAAAGGAAGUCGAGAAGCUAUCGCAAGAAGGCGACCGUCGAGGUGAUUGAAGACGGGGAGGAAGAAGCAAGCGAUAACGACAAUCAACCUCUACUACCACCUCGCCUGACUGGAAGUCGUCACCAUCAUCAAAAAUGA